AGGCGCAGAUUACGUAUUAACCUUGAUAACCCGGAUUACUCAAAACAUACCAUUAGUAUUUGUAUGUUUGUCAUCAUGUAUUGUCUUUUUUAUUUUGGAGGAAAUGGUCAGUUUCACAGGUUUAUGUGAUCAGAUGGUUUUUAGUGUAGCUGGAGAGGAAAGAUAGCUUCAAUAAACUGCUGAAAGAGCAUCUCAGGUGGAAGCAGCUGCACAGUGUUAUUUCGGAGACUGGUAACACAUCCAAAUGGAGAAGUUUGUUUUCAUGGCUUUUUGACAAAAAUCGAAGGCGCACCGUGAAUUUUCCCCCUAGUCAAACAAAGAAAUCUCUUUCCAGCAGACGCACUAUGGGCAAACACAGUUGGAUUGUAAUUAGCACCGGUUUGUGACGCAAUGCCCCGUGUCCUAGUCGUAAAUCAUCGCCCUUUUCCGUAACUUGUCGCGCCUCUUGAACAAGCGAUGCUGCGCAGCAGUCGGUCCGGUGGAGCUGAGGACGGAAAUAAUGAUGGCGACCGUCAAAGCCAUUCUUUAACAGGAAAAAACCUUUCUCUGCCGACGAAGCCAGCUCUAUAAUGGAAGGACACGUUUUUCCCGAUCAAGAGCAGCUCAUACAAUUUCUGAGGAGGCUCAAGGAGGUUUUCGACGUGUGUGACGAGGAUGCUGACGGCUUCAUCCGGGUGGAGCACUUGGUGGACCUCGGUCUUCAGUUCGGUCAAGGAGACAAGGUGAAGAAGUUAAUCAGGUACCUAGAUCCUAACACUCAUAGGAAGAUCAACUUCAAAGACUUUUGCCAUGGAGUGUUUGCCAUUAAAGGUUGUGAAGAGAUACUGAAGACACCUGUGGGUCCUCGCACUAUUACCUCCAACCAGCCGUCGGUUACUGACAAUGGUUACAUUUACCAGAAUGAUGAGGCUGAGCUGGGCCCCCCCAUUAUCAUGUGUACGCGGUCCUACCCAGAAUGCAGUGUGUAUGGUGACGGUUGUGGUGCUGAUGGGGAGUGUGACAUGGACAGCAUCACUGAAAACGCCAACAGUUCUGACUCUUUGGAUCCAACACGGCAAGACAGUCACCUGAUUGGCUCAGCAUCUGCAUCUGUCAUCUCCGGGGAGGAGCAGUUUGAGGACUAUGGUGAGGGGGAGGAUGUGGAUUUUACUCCCAGCAGUCCUAGCCCUGAAGAUGACGCCCGAACAAAUGGCUUCUCAGACCUGGGAUCAUCCCUUCCCUCCAGUGCUGGACAGACUCCUCAGAAGAUAAGGCAGCUGUAUAACAGUGAGCUGCUGGACAUAUACUGUUCUCAGUGCUGCAAGAAAGUGAAUCUACUCAAUGACCUUGAGGCUCGACUUCGAAACCUCAAGGCCAACAGCCCUAACAGAAAGAUUUCCAGCACAGCAUUUGGGCGGCAGCUGUUUCAGGCCAACCAUAGUGUGUUUGGGUCCAGUCAGGGCAGCAGCACAGAGGAUCUGUUCACAGACAGCAUCGACUCCUGCGACUUAGACAUCACAGAAAAAGUCAGUUAUCUGGAGAAGAAGGUGACAGAGUUGGAAAGCGACAGUCUGGCCAACGGUGACCUCAAGUCUAAACUCAAACAGGAGAACACACAACUUGUACACAGGGUGCAUGAGCUGGAGGAGCAGGUGAAGGAUGCAGAGGCAAGGGCUGAUCAGAGUUUGGAGGAGGAGACCAAGAGGCACCGGGAGGCUUAUAGCAAGAUGGACAGGGACAGAAACACUGAGAUAGACCUGCUCUGCAACAGGGUACAGCUGUUGGAAGAAGAGAAUGGAGAGAUGAAGUUAAAUGUGUGCAGACUUAAGUCACAGACUGAGAAACUGGACCAGGAGAAGCAGAGGAUGACAGACAAGCUGGAGGACACUAGUCUGAGGCUGAAAGAUGAGAUGGACCUCUACCGGAAGAUAAUGGACAAGCUCUGGCAUAAUCGUCAUGACUUUCAGAAGGAAAAAGAGGCCAUGCAGGAGUUGAUUGAUGAUCUCCGCCGGGAGCUGGAGUAUCUGCAGUUGUUUAAGAUGGAGAUGGAGCAUCCAGGACAGGGCAAGGGACUGUCAGAGUACAAUGCUAGGACCAGAGAGAUCGAAAUGGAACAUGAAGUCAAGAGACUGAAACAGGAGAACCAUAAGCUGCGGGAUCAGAAUGAUGACUUGAAUGCUCAAAUUCUCAGUCUGAGUUUGUACGAAGCUAAGAAUCUGUUUGCCUGUCAUACCAAGGCCCAGUGCCUGGCAGCUGAGAUUGACAACGCAUCCAGGGACGAGCUGGUGGAUGCUUUGAAGGAGCAGGAAGAGAUCAACCUGCGUCUAAGGCAGUACAUGGACAAAAUCAUUCUGGCCAUUCUCGACCAUAACCCCUCCAUCCUGGAGAUCAAGAGUUAAACAACACACACGCACACACGCACACAUACCAAGUUGUAAUCCUUAUGAUUUUAGUUCUGGUUGAUUUGGUGUGGUUACUGGUGACAGAAAUGCGGAGGAGCAAGGGGUGUUUUUGCUCACAGUGUAACCAAACAAACUCAGUUCAAGCUUUCAUAAAGAAGUCAGUCAGUGAUAAUAAUAACAACAAGGUCAUGCUGCAUACUCCUUGUAAUAUUUUAAACUGAUUCCAUGUCUUGUUUUGGAGAUGCUGUUUCUGAUGAAUGAUCAGGGCUAACCUGCGUUUUCUCACUUCUUCACAGUAACAGCAGUUCAAUCAGGAGAGACUUGUUUUUUUUUAGUAAAAAGAAUAUUUAUUACCAUGUGCACAGAAGAAUGAAAAAAAGUGGAAAAUCUUUGGUGAUUAGACCCCAUGGAGAUGGUAUAAUUUAAGGAGGGUGAUGAAUCCAUAGUCGAAUAGGGAACUGAACUGAACUGAACUUUAUUUGUCAUUUUUAUGCGCAGCACAAAAACGAAAUGACAUUUCGAAUACCCCAAGCAAAAAGAAACAAAACAUAUGAAAACAAUUUGUGCAACAUAUAAUAAAGAACAUAUAGUGCAAUAGUAAGAUGAAAAGGGUCGACAUUUCACAGUCAAAAACUCCACAUCCUGAGAGCAGAACUGGGAGAUCCUCUUCACAUCACAGCACCAUUAAUUGUUUGUGUAUACACCAGGGAGCUCACCAGAUGAUGCAGCCUCCCCGUCUGCUCUGUGUUGUGUUAGCCCCGUUAGCUCAACACUGG